AUGCCUGGUCUUCCGACCAACAUCGACCUUGAUGAGUGCAUCAGCCGGCUCUACCGAAAAGAGCUUCUUGCCGAAUCGGUCAUCGAGGCGAUCUGCUCCAAGGCGAAGGAGUUAUUAAUGAAGGAGAGUAAUGUGGUUCACAUUGCUGCCCCAGUGACGGUGGUUGGCGAUAUCCAUGGCCAAUUCUUUGAUAUGAUUGAGAUUUUCAAGAUCGGUGGCUACUGUCCCGACACCAAUUACCUAUUCCUCGGCGAUUAUGUCGACCGCGGCCUUUUCAGUGUUGAGACAAUAUCACUAUUGGUCUGCCUUAAACUACGAUACCCUUCACGAGUGCAUCUUAUCCGCGGAAACCACGAAUCUCGCGGUGUCACCCAGUCAUACGGUUUCUACACAGAGUGUGCACGUAAAUAUAACAGUGCCAAUGUCUGGCACUACUUUACCGAUAUGUUCGACUUUUUAACACUGAGUGUUGUGAUCAAUGAUGAGAUCUUCUGUGUACAUGGUGGUCUUUCGCCGUCUAUCCACUCCAUCGACCAAAUCAAAAUCAUCGACCGCUUCCGCGAGAUUCCCCAUGAAGGCCCCAUGGCCGAUCUGGUCUGGUCAGACCCUGAUACAGAGCGGGAUGAGUUCUCUCUUUCUCCCCGUGGCGCUGGCUAUACCUUCGGUGCGCAGGUUGUACGAAAGUUCCUAGAGGUGAACAGCAUGUCCCACAUUCUACGUGCUCACCAGCUAUGCCAAGAGGGUUACCAGGUUCUAUACGAUGACCGGCUAAGCACCGUUUGGAGUGCGCCGAAUUAUUGCUACCGAUGUGGAAACUUGGCUAGUGUUCUUGAAGUGAGCGACACGGGAGAACGCUACUUCAACAUUUUCGAUGCGGCGCCUGAAAACGAUGCCCACCGGAUGGAGUUGCUUGGAAAGCAACAGCAGAAUGCGGAAGGCGGACCUAGCCCAGUGAUUGAUUACUUCUUGUGA